GGAACACCCUGCCUGUCAGACUCCAAGAGAGGUGCUCUAGAAGAGAUGACUGCAAACAUGAUGAUGCUCAGGCUGUGUGGACUCCUUCUUAUAUGCUCAAGCUCAACAAUAACAGGUGCUAAAGUAGACAUCAUCUCUGGUGACUCAGAUCUGCUGGUGGGAAGCAGCACAUUGCUCUUGUGCAAAGCGGAUUCAGAGGGAGAAAUUAGAUGGUUGAAAGAUAAUGAAGAUGUUGAUGAAGAUCGCCAUACAGUCGAGAAAAUUGAUGAAUCCUCGAGUAAACUGAUCUUGAAAAACGUUGAAUUAGAUGACGCUGGAAUAUAUACCUGCGAGUUUGAAGAUGAUCACGGCCCAAAGAAGAGUAACUACCAGAUCUACGUCUACCAAACACCGGACUUUGGCAACACACGGACAUACCAUGAAUUUCUGGUGAACCAGACAGUGACCAUUCCCUGCGUGGUGUCCGGGAAGCCUGCGGUGGAGGUCUUCUGGUUUCGGAACAAUCGCAUCGUGAAUGAUGACGGUAGGGGGGAUGGACAUGCUGCAGGUCCUUCUGCUCUUUUAUGUGGACGAGGUCAUCUCAGAAUCCUGCCAGAUAGGUCUCUGCAGAUUCUGGGAAUUCAGCAAGAAGACCGUGGAACCUACACUUGUGAAGGCAGGAUCCAGGGACGCCCCAUAGUAAGGGACCUCCAGAUCUCUGUUGUUGUUAAUGAGCCACCAACUGUCCUGAUUAAUCAGAAGGGAAUGAAGGUUUCUGCCGGACCAAACACCACUGUGUCUAUAGCCUGCCUGGUCAAAGGAGUACCCACUCCAAACAUUUCAUGGAUAUUCCCUUCCCCUUCUGAUGUCUCCCGUUACAAAUUCAACUCUGAUAAGAGCGAGCUCACCAUCUCUGCAGUGACCAGGAGUGAUUUUGGAGAGUAUGUCUGCAUAGCUACCAAUAAGAUCGGGGAAAACAGCGCCACGUUUAUUCUGGAAGUCUCAGAGCAUCCAGCUGUAGUUUUGGAUCAAACCAAGCUGACAGUUAUUCCAGGAGAAGCUGUAUCUGUGAACUGCAAUGCCACGGGACAUCCAACUCCAACCGUACAGUGGUUCAGGAAGACUACCAGAGAAAAAAUGAUGAAUGUGGAGGGAUCUGAGCUGAUUAUUGAAAAUGUAAUGCCCUCUGAUGGUGGCUUCUACUCCUGCAUAGCCAGCAAUACAGUGGGAACAACCUCUGAGGACUUCCAGCUGAUAACCUGGCCUGGGACACCCACUAAGUUCAGUGUGGCCCCGGGGCCCUCAUCUUCUGUCCUCAUCCAGAGUCCCUCGGUGCUGGAUGGAGGGUCCUCCAUUACCCAGUACAUCCUUCAGUGGAAGAAACCGUCUGAAGACACCUGGAGUGAAAGCCUUGUCAAGCCCACAGAUCCCCUGGUGAUCACGGGCCUUGAGCCGUACACAGAGUACUCCAUUCGCUUUGCCGCCAAAAACUCUCACUACCAGGGAAACUUCUCCACCGAACACAAGAUCUUCUCACAGUCCCAACAUGGGGAACCCGACAGCCCCAUUCUGUCUCUGAGUGAGAAAAAGCUGGACACAAACUCAGUCUACAUCCCUAUUAAACAGCUGAAAGAUGGAGACUCUCCUAUCCUGCGCUACAUCGUACGCUACAAAGAGAACCAUGAAAAAGAGGAAUGGACUAAAAAAGAAAUUCCUGGAAACUCCACCAAAAUCCAUCUGAAAAACCUCCAGUACAAUGCUAACUAUCAAAUGGAAGUUUCUGCAGUAAACCACAAUGGCUCCUCCAGGACUUCCACAGUUAACUUCACCGUCCCACAACCUGUCAGUCAGCCAGCGUUAGGGAAAGCAGGUGUGGUGGGAAUUGUAAUGGUCAUCUUCUUGGUGCUGAUGGUAUCAGUAGAUGCUUUCUGUUGCUACACCAAUCACUGCGGCCUGCUUAAUUUCCUCGCUCGUAAACUAUUUGGACAUAAAGUUUCAGAGUCUAAAGAGAUGGAUGUAGAGGCCAAUAAAUCCAUUAGAGACGUGAAGCUGAGCGGGAUAACACUACCACGAGGCAGCAUCCCAAAGCUUCAGUCAUCCAAUGGGGCAGUGAAUGACAAUCAUUCAGAAGUCACGUGUGACAAAGCGCCUCUUACCAAAUUCGAGAAGAAACCAGAAUCUGGUGACCCAGCAGCAGAGGCUUAGAUGAAGAUACUAUACACAACACAAUGCUAUGAAAACAUUGAACACUUCAAUGGCCAACAUGGCUCAACCAAUAGUGUGAGUUUCGGGGCGGGACAAUCUGUUUGUCUGACCAAUGACAGAUGCGGGAGUGUUUGCGAAACCUGUUUGAAAGAUAUAAAACUUCAUACAUGAUAUACUUCACAUUUAAGUGAUGCAGUCUGAAACAAAUAUGCAAACAUCAGAAAGGACGACUGUUAUUUGCAGGAAAACAUUCAAGUCCCGUGUGAUUUGGAUUAUGUUUGUUCUUAAAAAUGUGAUUGUACUAAUUGUAGGAUGUAAAGGAAUAUAUGAUUGUGAUCCAGCACUGUAAAUACUGUACGUGACAAAUGCUGCUUGAGCUGAAUGUAGUUCAGUAGUGAGCAGAUAAAAGCAAAAUGCAGCUAAGUUGAAUAUGAUGUUGACAUGUUAAAGUAUAUUACUGACACAAUGGGAGCAUAAUAUCAUAGCAUAAUAACAUCACUUAUGUUAAUUUAUUGCACAUUUAACAUAUGCUUGUAGCUUGUAUAAAAUCUUGAUUAAAGGAAUAGGUGAAAGAAAGAGUGUCCAAUGGACUUGGUAAGACAUGAAUUUUCCCUUUUAUGUGAACAAUAAUAACUUAAACAAAAGAAAAAAAAAAAACUUUUAAUAUAGAUAUAACUGUGCAUUUUAUUUGUUCCAACUUGUUUUUCAACAUUGCAUUUCAUUUAUUUCAUAAAUGCACCAUGUUUGAAUUUUUUGGUCAAGUGAUGUUUAAUGUGGAUGUAAAUACAGAUGCAUGCAAAAAGAUGUACAUAUAGAUUUACUAAUUUUAUUUUAUCUUCUCUGUACAUUGUAUACAUUUAUUUGCAGCUAUAGACAUUUAAUUCUUUUGAAUAAAAAGAGAGAAAUUUCAACAA